CCGUCGCGUUCUCCCGUACCGCUCCCUCAUGGCCCUCUUGCUUUGGUGGAUUCGUGGACCCGCGACGGCCGCCCGAUUCCCCUCGCGGCUGCCGCUGGCCGUGCGCGGUUGGCCGGGGCGGCAGGCCUCCGGAGCGCCCCCGCCCGACGACAGCGUGGUGCGGAUCCCGCACGCUUGGAAGCUGAGGUUGGAGCGGUCGGCGUCCAAGCGGCGGGAGCGACGCGGGAGCCCCGAAAGGGAGGUCGGCGCUUCCUUCGGGGAAAAGCUGCUGCUCCGGACCCGGAGGCAGGAGCUGAGCCAGGCGGCCCGGCACACGGCGGGCCGCCUGGACAGGCCGCGCUUGGUGUCGGACGGCUGGAAGCACCGCUUGUCCCAGGGGGAUUAUUUCCAGCUGGAGCGGACGCGGAACGAGCCUGCUCGGGAGGCCGCCGACGGAGACGCCCCGUCCACCUUCCUGGAGCUGGGGCUAGAGCCUCGCGUGGUCGCCCCCUUGCAGGAGGUACUGGGCAUCUCGCGGCCCUCCCCGGUGCAACAACGCACCAUCCCCGCCCUUCUGAAGGGGGGCCACGCGCUGUGCGGGGCGGAAACUGGCAGCGGCAAAACACUGGCCUACCUGCUGCCUCUCUUCCAGCGGCUUUUGCAGGCCCCAAAGCUCCCUGAAAAGGACUUUUAUGCGACCUCUCCACGCUCUUUGGUGGUGGUGCCUUCCCGAGAACUCGCCGGGCAGGUGCGCAGAGUUGCUGCCCUUUUGGCUGAUCCUUUGGACUUGCGGGUGAAGGAGAUUGGCGGGGGGCGGGGCAUGGCCGUGAUUCGGCGCCGGAUCCAUCAGGGUCCCACUGACCUCCUGAUCGCCACGCCGGGCGCUCUGAGCAAAGUCCUGAAGAGGAGGAUGUUGUCUUUGGAGAAAUUGCUCUUCUUGGUGUUGGAUGAAGUGGAUACCUUGCUGGAUGCCUCAUUCAUAGAUCUAGUGAAAGAUAUAAUUCAGCAUGCUUUUUUGAAGGAUGUCGUUCAGCAAGCUUUCCUGGACCCAAAGUUUGAAGAUAGGGAUGAGGCUUGGGAUCCCAAAGCCCAGCUGGUGGCUAUGGGUGCCACUCUUCCAAAGGGCCUAAGUCAGAUGUUGAACGAAUCUGCUGAUCUCUCCAACUUCACCGUGUUGACCGGCUCGAGUUUGCAUUGUCUUCAGCCUCACGUAGAGCAAAGAUUCAUACGUUUGAAAGGUUGUAAUAAAGUAGCAGAGGUGCUACAACUCCUCAAAGAGCGAGGGUCCUCCUCUGGAGCUGUUAUUAUUUUCUGCAACACAGCCAGCACUGUUAACUGGCUGAGUUACAUUUUAGACGACCAUAACAUCAAACAUUUACGCCUGCAGGGAGAGAUAGCAGCAGAUGUACGAGCGGACAUCUUUAAUGCCUUUCGGAGAGGCGAGUCUGACAUUUUGUUGUGUACUGAUAUAGCUUCCCGUGGAUUGGACACCAUUCAUGUAGAGCUCAUAAUUAACUACGACUUCCCUUUAACAUUGCCAGAUUAUCUGCAUCGGGUGGGGCGAGUCGGUCGCAUCGGCAGUAAAUUCCUUGGGACUGCGGUCAGUUUUGUAACCCAUAGGUGGGAUGUAGAUCUUGUUCGGAAAAUAGAAACGGCAGCUCGCAAAAGAACCGCACUCCCAGGACUAGAUAUAGUUGUUAAGGAGGCUUUGCAUAAAAAGAAAAAAACCUGACUUUGCCUGGAGGACCAACAAUUAAUCUAAUGUUUGAAGCAAUUCUUAAUAUAUUUCGGACAUUUUGUGUAUUUAUUUGGACCACUCAAUUCCUUAAUAAAACUCUGCUAAUCUAUGGGUACUGACAUGGAACAGCCAGAAAC